AUGUUGGCUGCCAAGAAACGUCACGAGGAUGAGGAGAAGGCAAAGCUGGAGAGCUAUGAAGAAAGAAGAAAGAAGGAACGAGAAGCUGAAGAAGAGGAGCUGAAAAAACUAAAAGAGAAACAGGAGCGUAGACGACUAGAACGUGAGCAGGAAGAAUUGGAACAGGCUGAGAAAAAGCGCAAGGAAGACGAACGACGAAAGGAAGAAGAGGAAGCACGUCGUGCCCGACUAGAGGAGGAGAAGAGAAAGAAAGAAGAAGAAAAGAGUAAGCGUCAACAAAUGAGCGGUGCCAGUUUCGCGGGAGGAGUAGGUGGAAGAAAUUUCACCAUACCCACCAAGACCGAGAAGAACGACAAGUUCGGUAAUAUUGUGCAAGCAAAACAGGAGAUGGGUAUGACCAAAGAGCAGCAGGAGGAGGCUAAGAAGGUGUUCAUGAUCGGAAUUCGCAACGCCAUUCCGGAAGCGUCCGCAAUUUCAGCUGCCGAUCUGAAAGCAAAAAUCAAGGAACUCCAUCAAAGAAUCUGCAAACUUGAAACGGACAAAUACGACUUGGAGAAACGUCAUGAGCGACAGGAGUAUGAUCUGAAAGAACUGAAUGAGCGAUCUCGACAGGUGGCGAGAAACGCCAGAGAUGGCAAGAAGGGCGAAUUGGACGGUGAUGGACGCUUCCCGCCAAAGGUACAAGUGGUAUCGAAGUACGACCGACAAAUUGACCGGCGAAAUUUCAAAGAGAGACGGUCGGUCUAUGAGAACAAAAACGCCUUCCCCUGCUUCCCCGGCGUUCCACCACCGCCUGCCCUCUUCGAGAAGAUUUUCAAGAAGUAUGACUAUGAGAUAAGGGAAGAGGAAGAUGCCGCAGAAGCAGCAGAGUACGAGAACGAGAAUUGA